AUGAUAAAGAGUCAUACACCAAGUGUGGUAGCAGUGGCUGAACCUUUUGUUGGUGAACACGGUAUGAGUCGACUUCAACAAUGUAUGGAUUUUGGGGGUGGUAUUUCAAAUGAGGGAGAUGGAGGGAAAUUAUGGGUAAUGUGGAAAACCAAUGAGAGUAUAGUUGUGUCUUGUACUACAGGUCAAAGUAUAACAAUAUUAGCUAAAGAGAAGGAUAAGCAAGUGGCUAUUACUUUUGUAUAUGCUAAAUGCUCAUAUCUGGAUCGUAGAAAGCUAUGGGAAGAUUUGAGUAGCAUGCGUACUGGUAACACACAUUGGAUUGUCAUGAGAGAUUUUAAUAUCAUUCAUAAUGAUGGUGAGAGGAUUGGAGGGAGGCCUAGACUGAAUAUUGCUAUGGGGGAAUUUAAAGAUUUCAUUGAUGCGGUGGGAUUGGUUGAAGCGAAUUAUGAAGGAAAUAUGAUGUCAUGGUGCAAUGGACAACAAGGUAGAGUUCGAAGUUGGGCAAGGCUGGAUCGGACCUUGGUAAAUGGUUCCUUCUUGUUGGAUUUUCCAAGGGUGUUGCUUUCUUACUUGCUGAGACAAAGUUCGGAUCAUUCGCCCUUGAUAGUAUCUUUGGAGCAAAGAAAUAAGUCAUAUGGAUUUAUUCCUUUUAAGUUCCAAUAA